AGAUAAACAUUACGUGCGUUAGGCGUUCAUGCUUCGUUAGUAUAAAGCAAAAGUUGUAGGCUACAGGUCGAAACGAACGCUUUUUCUCCGCGGUAGAAGAAAAAGAAACUGCGUUUCUGCGAUCGAGCACAAACGGUGACACGACGCUCGGGCACAGAAGGUAAAACUUGACGUACUCUGAGCAAAGAGAAUGAUGCUGCGGUGAACGAGCCACUGACGGAAAAAUCAUUUGCUAACAAAUCCGCACUGACAAUCUUCAAUAACAAUAGUCUCUUUCACUGAUCGUCCCCGAAAAAAGCCAUGGAUCUUGUUUACAUACCGGAAGUGUUCACAUAUGGGUACUCGCGAAAUCCGCAGUAUCGCGACUACGAGCAACCGUGGAACCAGGACUACUUCAAGUGCGGCAACAAAAAAUCAGAAACUCGACGCAGCACGCGAGAACUGUCUAAAGAAAAUUGUUAUUUAUGCAAAGAAAUGAAAAGGAGGAAUCUAGCUGUUUAUAUAAGAAGUAAAUCACGAAGCGAUUCCUGCCAUGAAGGAAUUCAGGAAGAAGAGGAGAACGAUACGACACACGGCGAGCAAAAAACUGCAGAUCCAAGUCAAAAUAAAUCUGCGAAAUCACGCAAUACAGAAAAACAGAAAUCGUAAUUCUUUGGUAUUGUAAACAGUAAUAUAAGCUUCAUAUAAGCAUAAUAUCUGCAACCGUAAAUAUGCGUACAUAAGGAAGUUACUUUAAUUUUAACGAUUAUAUUACGUUCUUAUGUUUAUCUUACAUUGAAUUAUUAUUUUUGACAAAAUGUAUUUCUAUAUAACAACACAAUAAUGAUAGACUUCUAAAUUUCUAUCAUUAUUGUGUUUUAUACUUUACAGAUAUUCAACAAUUUUUUAAUGGUAUAUAUAAAAUUUGCAUCUUUAAAGACGAAAAUAUGAAUGGAUUCUCAAGAUUUAUACUGAAGUAUAUCAUUUUUAACGAAAAUGUAUAUCAUUGCCAUUAUUAUAAAAAUCAUGAUUGACAUAAGUGCAUAAAUUGUUAAAAAAUUGCAACAAAUCUUUCGAUCGACUGAAAUACUCAUAAAAUUUAUUUGAACUAUAUCAAAUAAAGCUAUUUAAGAAAUAUGAAAAAUUUAUAUCAAGAUGUACUCAGUAAAUUACUUUACUCGUUCAAUUAGGUUUUAUCAAUAUUUGCUGCGCGCUAAUUGUUCAAUAAAUAUCUUUGUGUAUAAAUGUGAAUGUAAAUAGCUUCUUACAAAUAUGUAUUUAUUGUGUCAUAUAAAAAAAAAUAGAAUGUCUAAAAUUACAUAAUAAUGGACAUAUCCAAUUUUUAUAAAGACUGUUUACUGUGGCUUUGAUAAAUUUUCAUAACCAUUGAUAAGGGUUUUAAUAAUUAAUAAUUUUGAAUCUAUGAUGAAUCUACAUGAAUUAUACCAUUGAAAAAGGCAAAAGAAAUAAAAUAUCAAUGUAAUAACAAUUUUUAGAUUUAUCUGUAACUAUUUUGUCUGGAACAACUAAGAUCAGCUAAAAUUGUGCAAAAUUUAAUAUAAUCAAAAUUUGAAAAUUUAAUGAAGUUUCAAAAUUAAUUGUUGCAUAAGACUGAGUACAUGAUUGUGCGUUAUAAGAAUAGCGAAUAGUGUAGUUGGUAAGUUAAUUCACAUAAAUGUCAUUAACAUUUCACUUGUAACAUAGCAUUACAUAAUGUACUUAUUGUUAGCUCUGAGAGAUAAGAUUCUAAUUUUUUUAAAGACGAUUAAAAAUAUGGAGAAUGCCGGUAUUGAUAUGCUUUUACUUAUCAUGUAGUGAGAUAAUAUUUAUCUAAUAAGGUUUAUAUUUAAGUUACUGUAUUAUUGCAUAUAACCAUGAUAUUGUCACAAAUAUUUUCACUUCACAAGCUUGGUGAUUUUAAACAUCACUUUGAUUGCUUGAAAAUAAAAAUUAUAAACAAUAAA